GGCCCCGCCUCCCCGGCAGUGCUCCCCCGACUCGAAAAGUACUUCCUGUUUCCUGUUCUCCCUUCACCCUCCUCCGAUCAAGAUGGCGACUCGGGCGGAACGGGAGCGGCAACAGCGGCAAAAUGAACGGCACCAGGAGAUACUCGGGGAGAUGCUGCUCGACAGCCGGGAGUGUGCGGACUGCGGCAGCCGAGGGCCAAGAUGGGCAUCAUGGAACCUGGGAGUGUUUGUGUGCAUUCGCUGUGCAGGUAUUCACAGAAAGCUUGGAGUCCAUAUCUCCAAGGUGAAAUCGGUCAAUCUGGAUCAGUGGACACCAGAACAGAUACAGUGCAUUCGAGAGAUGGGAAACUCGAAAGCCAAGAUAUUAUAUGAAGCCCACCUCCCUGCUAACUUCAAGCGGCCACAAAUGGAUCAAGCAGUAGAGAGCUUCAUUAGAGACAAAUAUGAAAAGAAGAAAUAUUUUGAUAAAAGUAUUAACAUUGCUGCAUUCAGGAAAGAAAAUAAUAAAUGGAAGAAAAAGGAUGAAGCAAAGGAGACCAAAACUGCACCAGUUAUCUUUGAAAAAGUGAAAGUGCCACCAAAAAAGGACGAACAGCAGCAAGUGAAAACAAGCCCUUCAACACCUGCUGGCCCAGUGAUUGACCUGCUGGGACUAGAUGCUCCUGCAGCAGCUCCUACCUCCAAUGGGACCACGUGUGUGAACACAGCACCAUCUGGUGAUCUGGACCUCUUUGGACCCAUGGUGUCUAAUCCACUGCCUGAUUCCAGCUCUUUCCCAAACACAGUGUUGGCCUCAACUCCGCAGGAAGGAGCUGAAAAUCUGAACCUCUUUGCUGAGCCCAGUGUGAAACCAGAGGAUUCUGGAAAGAAGCAGCUUUCAAAGGACUCCAUUCUGUCACUUUAUGGGUCACAGACCCAAGUUCCUACUCAAGGCACGAUGUUCAUGGCUUCUGGACAGGUGCCCUACGCUCCCUGUCUGCCAUCUGGUUACACCAACUUCCCACCUAUGGGUAGUGCAGUUACACCAACUGGUGGCAUGAUGAAUAAUGUAGGGCAGACGAUGGGCAUGAUGGCCCCAGUGGCACUGCCAGGAGGAUAUGUAGGAGGCGUGCAAGCUGGAGUAAUGGGCAUGCCCAGUGGGAUGGCAGCACAACAGGGUGCCUAUGUGAGUGGAUUGGCCAUGCCUCAACCGGUGUACGGAGUCCAGCAGGCACAGCAGCUGCAAUGGAACAUCACCCAGAUGACUCAGCAGAUGGCAGGAAUGAAUUUCUAUGGUGCCAAUGGGAUGGUGAAUUAUGGACAGUCAUCAGUACCCAUGGGAGCGGGAGCUGCUCCAGCUGCUGGGCAAUCUGUGGGCACCCAGAUGUGGAAGUAACUGGACCACAAAUAAACAAGAAACGACAAUCGCUCCGUGCUUCAGAACCAUGGCUUCUUCUCUACUCCAGCCAGUUUGCUGUGUGCGAUCUCAACUCCAUUUUUUGCCUGUAGAUCCUACACAGACUUGGCGAGAAAUUCACCAUCAAAACAGCAGCCAUCAUUACCAAAGUCAAUUUUUAAAACAAAUAUUUUUCUCCCAAAGGUGGAUUCUUUGGGAGUGUGAUUCCUUCAAACAAUGUGUGGGAGGGGUGUGUGAUCUUUGUGCUCAGCGCAGCUUUAGCCACUUGUUACUGUUUAAAUCUGUUUGUCAUUCGUUUUGUGACACAAUAGCAACACAUCCCACCAUGCCUUGUUAUUAGUGCUGGUUUACAAUUGAUAAGAUACGGCUCUGAGAGAAUUGAUCAGGACAGAGCUAUUCAGAUUGAGAAGAGCAUGGUGAUAAUGCAAAUAAUAAUGAUAAUUACUCAUGUCCUGUUAAUCAACCUGAGCCUUGUUAAACAGAAUGCAAAUGUAUGAACCGAAGCAUAUAUGUGCCUCACAUUUAACAAAGAACUCCCUCAUUUAGGUUAAAAACCUUUGGUAAAUGUGCACCUCUUAAAAUUGUCUUGUUGGGUUAAUUGUUUGGCUGAUAACUAUUAAGUGAUUGGUAUUGUUUACAGUAAUUUAUAUAGUAAUGCUAUUUUAACAGUUCAUCUGUUGAUUGGCACUGACUCCAUAUUUAAAUUGUAACAGCUAGUUUGGAAUUUAGUUACAGAUCAGCAAAUCUUGGUUGGAGGAAUGACACAGCACAAAAGAAAUGGAGAAACUUUCUUAUUCUGUAAUUUGUGACCAAUAUUAUCGAGCACAAGGUCCAAACGGGUUAGCUAAGACCUGCCCCUCUGCCUGUCUGAGAGUGAAAUGCCUCACUCAGUAAGUCACCAGUUUACUCAUUGGCCCAAGUAGUCUCAUUGCUUUUAAACUACAAGCAAAGUUGUUUUAAAGUGGAGCUCAGCGCAUUUUUGUGAGAAUGUUGAAGGAUAACGGAGACAGAUCAAGAGUGGAGAGAUCUGCCAGUGUUUGAGACUGCUACUCAUGGAUUGUGGGUCCAGGGUUUGACCGGCCAGAAUGAGGGUGGAGUGGAAUCACAUUCACAGACUGCAUUGGUCAAAUCACUUACAUUACUUUGUUAACCUCAGGUCUGUGGUCUAGUUAGGCUCCUUGCAUUUUGGCAGAUAAUAACCAUUGCUCUUCAGUUGAGGAAGGUGUUCAAAUGCACAAAUUUGGUACUGUUUCUUCCAUAUCGUAGGUGGCUGAAGACAGAGGACUUGGGGUGGUUCUCUCAGUUGGUGUACUGAGUCUGGAUUGACAUGCACAGAACAUACUUGAACUAUCAACACUUGUUAUUGUGGAUGGAAAGGAGAGAGCACUGUGUUCACCGCAAGGUUGACACUUGCUGAUUUUCCCAGCAGUCACAAAUCUGAGUCCCUUUCUUCUCCCCAACAAUCCUCCCCCCUCAGAUUGUCUGACUGUUAGACCACGAGUUAGCACUGAUCUCUGAGUCUAAUUGUACAAAAGAAGUAGCAGGACUUUGAGCAGAUACUGUGAAACAACUGGAAGCAGAUUACAGGGAAUGGCAGUAAGGUACUGCACAUCUGCUGUGCGACUGUCUGAUCAUCCCCUUGCCAGUUUGAAUGGAGAGUGCCCUUUGAUUUCCUGUGUCUGGAUUUUUUUUUGAGGGUUAGGAAAAGAGAGAAUUCCUUUUGCACUUGCCAGCAACAUUGCUGCUUUAACUAACUUCCAAAAGUGUUGAGGGAGGGAUGCUGGGCAGUAAAGGCAUCUGAUCCACUAAAACACAUCUCAUGGGACUUUUCACGAGUUUGCUAAUUAGAUUUAGGGCAAAUGUCACGUUUACAAUUUUAGAAAUAUUGGUUUUUGCUGGGUCAUUAUACCUGGAUAGGGAAUUCUAAAAUAAUGUAAUAUUUUUAACUCUUGUAGUACAGUAUACCAGGAUGUUAUGAUCUGUAGUUAGGGCUGUAAGUAGAUCAGGGCAGUUGUCUAAGGAACUGGUGAACUAGAGGUGACUGCUGCAGCUCCACUUUGGGUUUUCAGUUUUUUGUUUGAAAUAUUGACUUGCUAAGGCAAUUGGAGCAAACUCAUGCAGUCCAGUGACUCUCACUGUAACAGUUCAGAAUCUACAUGGUCCUAAAGGGUGUUAAGUGAUUUGAAACACAGCAGAAACUUCCAAAUACAUUGGCUCAUGUGGUGCAGACCCCAGUGACAUUUUAGGUUUUCUCUAAGUCUGACAAGAAUUCAGGAAAUAUUAACCUUACACAAUCUGAAUUGUUGUCUAGCAAUAUUUGAAUCAUUUAAUACAUAGUACAGAAUAACUGGAAACUCAAAACUGUAUGUAGGGAAAAGAAUAUCCUGUGUAAGUCUUGGGUUUGUAGCUUGACUUUCUGAAACACAGCUAAUGUUUGGCUUUGUGUUUCUUUGCUUCGAAUUUCUGUUAAACUAACUUCCUUCCUGAUGCAAAUGUUGGACUCAGAAUUUCAAGUUGAAAGGAAAUGUAAUAAAUGGCAAGGAUCUGCCGUAAAAAAUAAAAAGCUAUACUCUGAGCUGUGAAUGAGAAUACUGUUUACAGAAUGCAGUGUUUGUCUUGUGCUGAGGCAAUAUAAUGUUCAAUUGAAUUCUCCCUACAGCAUUUCUGCACAUAGACGCCCACUCAAAGAGUGGGAAUUCUGUUUUUGGUACUGUAAUUUUGGUGGUGGGUGAUCAAAUUUCACAAAAGUCACUGUUUACGAUCUUUCAUAUCGAUGUUCUCUCCAUGUGCUUUUAGUCGAGCAGUCAGCAGUACUUGUGAAGUGUAAUGAACUGUAAUUGCAUUGGUUUCCCCAAUUUCAGAGUGGACUGCUGUGUGGGCAGUGUGACCCCUGCUCUAUGGUCUGUUUCUGUCCCUGCUUCAUGCUGUCUCAAGAGCCAGAGUGCUGCCCUCUUUGCCCCUUGGCCUGAUAGAAACCGGGGUCCAGGCUGCCCUCUGUUCACUGGAUUGAGCAGCUAUACUGAGCUCACUCUUCUGUCAUAAAAAGGUGCGUUGAAAUUGCAGUAAUUUCAAAGUCCAAAGCCACUUUUAUGUUGAUGUAGGUCUUGUGUGUAUGUACGCAUGCUCACUUUCAGAAGUUCUCCCAAGUUUUCUCCUGUGAUUUAACAGUGUAAAUCCUGAAGGUGAUUGACAGAUGUUGGUAUUCCCUACAACCUGGUAUGCAAUGGCAUUGAUAUAAAGGGGGUUUCUGCCCUGUCAAGGGCUGAAUGUUCACUUGCAUCCAUGAUGUCGUAGGGCAGGGAAUUAAAAUCCUUGUCUUCUGGGUGUUGGUGAUGUUCAGGAGAGGUCCGAGAUGAAGAUUUAUUGUUUGGAUGAAGCUUUAAUGUGUUAUUUAGAGAUAUAAGAAUAUAUUAAUAUAAAGCUGAUGUGUGCUAUUUUUAUGAGGCCUUUUUUUUUUAUAAAUAACAAAUUCCUAUAUAUUAACUGUGCUGCAAAAUAUGAAUACCUUUUAUAUAUCUUAGGAAGGUUGACUUGUGUGGCCAGUGAAGAGAGGUAUACAACACCAAUUUUCAAUGUACAAUUGAGACAGUGCUCCGAAUAAGUAAAAUGGCAAUUGUGAUUUUAGCUAAAUAGAGGAUAAUAGUUAUACAGAGCUCAGGGGAUAAAAGGCAUAGUUUUAUUUUGUUAUAAAUAACUUAGGCACGAUGGUUUGUAUUGCACACAUUUCGCAUGGUGGCUGGUUUAAGUAUGCUGGGUUAUUGGAAGGCAUGUGGCCCUAUCCCAAAAUGCUCACUUAUUUGUUACUGGAAUGUAAAGGGUAACUUUGUGUUAGAUUGGAAAUUGAAAGUUAUUUUUAGAAUACACAAGUUAUGUUCUCCAAACUCAGUAAAGGACAGAUUGCUAUUCUGUGGUUUCCCUGUUCAUUGAUUUGAAGAAUGGUCCAGAUACUUGCAGCAAUGUCUGUUCCCAAAGUCAACUCUGUCAGGCUGGGUCAGAGAUUGGGUUUUAGGGGUCACAGGUUGACUGGUUUAAGACCAAGGGACAUGAACCUUGAACUGCUGUGCUACUUUCAUUUCCAGCCGCCCCAUCACUUGGCUGCUAACUUCCAUUGUUACAGAGUGCUUUGCCUGCAAUCGAUUCUGAAUCAUUAUGAAGCUCAAUAUUAUUCCUGUCUGUGGCACCCAUCCAGAGUCAUUUUAAUCUUUUGGUAUUGUUUGUCUACGGAACUGCUUGGGACCAACUCAAUAUUCAGUGUGAGGCAAAGUGUUACUUUGUGCUCCUCAUCACACUCGGAUUUAAAUGAAAAAUUGCUACGCUGUUAGUGCACAAUUCCAUUCACCAUUGUAAGCAUGGCCAGCAGUGGAGUAACCUAUCUGUGAAUGUUUCCAUAUUCUGGUUAUCUGCUUCCAGCUCUGUCCUGUACAAUAUAAAUAAAUAUACUCUCAUUGUAAUAUAAAGCUUGAGGGGAAAUGGAAAAUAAAGAUUUUAUUAAAGUUUUACUUUGUAUACUGAAA